AUGGCGUUCAAAUCGGAGAAAUGCCACGGUGGAAAACACAGUAAAGAAAUAUUAUCUAUUCUAUUUACUGUUAACAGUACAGGCUCUGAAAAGAGAAAAUUGCUUGUAAUCGGAAAAUCGGCUAAUUCAAGAUGUAUUAAAAACGUAAAAGGUUUACCAGUUGACUACACUGCUAAUAAAAAAGCUUGGAUGACAAGCGAAAUAUGGUUGGAUUACUUAAAAAACUUUGACAACGAUAUGACUGAAGCCAAUCGUAAAGUGUUAUUGUUUGUCGAUAACUGCACGGCUCAUAAAAAUUUUCCAUCACUUAAAUCCAUCAAAUUGCAAUUUUUACCACCAAACGCAACAUCGAAACUACAACCUCUAGAUCUGGGAAUAAUAAAGAAUUUUAAGCAAUUUUAUCGCAAAGAGGUGGUCAAAAUUUUAAUCAACGAUCUGCAAGAAGGGCGCAAAAGCUUUAUAAAUGUUUUACAAGGAAUAAGAAUGGCUCAUAAGGCAUGGGAAAGUGUCCAAAAAUCAACAAUCUUUAAUUGUUUUGCGACUUGUGGAUUUGUCGAGCGUCCAAAUAUUUUGAUUACAGAAAAUGUUUGCAUUCAAGAUAGCGAAGAAUUGCUUAUUCUCAAAAACCAGUUAAAUUUAACAGAACAGUUUGAUGAUUUUGUGAAUUUCGAUGACAAUAUUACUUCUACUGGGUCCCUUACCGAUGAUGACAAUAUUACUAGUGUAACGAAACAACAAGAUAAUGCUGAACAGGGGGAAGAAGAUACUGAAGAAAUCAAAACUAUUAUAUCCGCUAAAGAAGCAAAAACAAUUGUCGGAAAAUUGCAAACAUUUCUGGAAGCACAGGAUUCUACACCGCUAAGUACAUUCAAUAGCUUAGCAUCUGUCGAAAAAAAUAUUGAUGAUUUCAUACGAAAUUUUCGUAAACAAACUACAAUAACACAAUAUUUUACUAAAAUCGAAUAA